CACACGCUGUGCGAUUCUGUUUACUCAGUCCUGUGUGUCUCUGUCGUCCUGCGUGUGUCAAAGUGACGAUGCCGCCGUCAGGAUGUCAGAGGAACACUGACCACAUCUCUCCGGAUAUCACAGCUGUCACAUCCCGGCCGUCUCAGAUGUGUCAGCUCCAUCCUCAGCUCAGACACGCACAGCUGCUCACCGGGAGAAAACAUGUUUCUUUUAUUUUCGGCGCUGCUUUUUUACCUUCAGGCUUCUCGCCUCUUCUGUUCACCAAAAAUCACACUGUGUCUAAAGCAGAGAAAAGAAAGAGUCUGUUCACGGGAAUACAAUAUGCAGGCAAAACGGGGUUAUUGUUCAAUGUCCAGGAAAAUCUAUGAAAAUCGAUAUUGGUGUGAAAGCGCCAUGCGUCUCUGUAGAUACAGAAAUGAGUGGUGUUUAUCUGUAGCCAGGUUCUCAGUUGGCCUGUCACGACCAGUGUGCAUUCAUUGACCCGUACAUUUAUCGAACGCCAAACAGACUUUCCCAUGUGACUCACGAUGUGGUGGAAUGUGCUCUCACUCCUCCUUGUGUGUGUGUUUACAUGAAAACAUACCAUCAGCCUGCAGCAACUGCACAGAGCAUGCGGGAAAGUGUCUGUGUGUCUGUUCAGUUGCACUGGACAUUCGUGUACUAUGCCGUAGUAUGUUUGCAUAAAACAAGAGUGUUGUGUUAUUCCUGCAUCAUCAAACUCGUCCGGUCUCAGAGACAACCCAUGAAGCCGGAAUUAUUCAUGGUUUCACGUAUUCUGCUGUGAAACACCACACCAACUCCCUCGACCUCAGACCUUGACAGCUGGCAAAGCUCAUUUGCCAUGUCUAAGGCAGCGGUGAAGAAGCUGCACUGGCGUUCCAGGGUCCAGGACAGCUUCGUCCCUUUGCUCGGCUCGUCGGGGGAGCUCGGGCUCGCCAUUGGCGGCGGAGCGGAUUAUGGAGAGUGUCCCUUUGUUACGUCGGCACCGGGGGGCGGACUCACAGUGGGUGAUAUCAUCCUAGAAAUUGGUGGGACACCUGUGUUAGGGAUGACAUUAGGAGACGUGCGUGGCGUUCUCAACUCCUGUCCUCAUCCCAUCCGCAUCAAAACUGUGUCACCAGGCUCCACAUUGUGCAAGGAUCUCAGGUUGUAUCUGAGCAAGUGCUUCACACCGGGCUCAGUGGACAGCCAGCUCCAGCAGGUCAUCCGAGAGAACCUCUACCUCCGCGCCAUCCCUUGUACAACCAGGCUGCCCAGAGACGGGGAAAUCUCAGGUGUGGACUACAACUUUGUCUCCAUUGAGGAGUUCUUCUCCUUGGAGGAGUCCGGAGCUCUGCUUGAGAGCGGCAAGUUCAAAGGAAAUUACUACGGCACUCCUCGGCCCGUUCACAUCAGCACAGAGAGCCCUCCCAUCACCUACCAGGAACAUCGAAACCUCCUCAGAAACUUCCGCACACGCAGCAAAUCGCUCAGCAACCUGGAGAAGAGCGUGGACGAAGGUGAAAACAGCGAGGACGACUCAGGCCUGUCAGGAGGUUCUGCAGGAGGCAUCAACAGCAGCCACCGCUCCUCCGGUCGGCCCCGUGCAUCCAGCAGCGGCGGGGACGGCAGCUUCAUCGAGAAUGGGGUGAUCGGCAGCAGACGCGGGGCCAGGGUGAGAGCGGCGAUGCCUGAUCACUGGGAACAGGCCUUCAGUGAUCCAGGAGAGUCUCUGUACUUAGAUCGCAACCCAAAGAGGACCAGCUGGCAGCGUCCUCGAGCCUUCAGCAGGGAGACCGUCUACAAAAACGACUGGUUCACAGAUCUGCCUGAGGAUCUGCGUGGUUUUGCUGUGCACACACACUUGACCAAAGGAUCGAGAGGGUUCGGUUUCAACAUUGUUGGCGGGAGCAGGCCGAGGGAGUUCCUCCAGGUCUACAGUGUGACUGAGAUUGGACCGUCAGCACUCAAGACAGCGGACAUCCUUGUCUACAUCAAUGACGUCUGCGUGUUGGGAUCGUCUCACAAAGAAGCAGUGGAGAUGCUGAAGUCGGUGCCUGUGGGCCACAGCGUGGACGUCGAGGUCAGAAGAGGGUAUCCAAUGCUCUACAACCACGACGGUUGUCCAAAGCAGUCCCCGCCAAGGCCACUGGACAGCGGUGCCUUCAUCCUGCCCCCCACCACCACCACCCAGCCUCAGCCUCUUCACCAGCGACCUCGCCUCCCAACACCCACCCACCACGCCCAGCAUUUCGACUUUAAUGGGGUCCACGGUGACGUGGACUACAUGGAACCAGGAGUGAUUCUGGAUGCAAAUGGAAACGCGAUGUCUUCCGUAGUCAGGCAGCCACCGCUGUACAGACGCUCCAGUCUGAGCAACACUGCCACGUUGUCCCCCGUUCGUCCACCUCGAUCCCUGAGAAGACUGGCCCGGCUGCAGUCUCUUGACCAGGCCAGCCAGAGCGACAGUGAAAUUGUGUCAGCGAUUGGCUCUCACAGGGCAUCAAUGAUUCGUAAUCACAACAACAACUCCCUCUCAACACCCCAACAUCAUGUACGAUACGGCACAUCAAAGUCGUCUGAGAGCGACCUCUCCACCUGCACCCUGUCCAGAUCCCGGCUGCCAAUGCCUCAGUCGCCCAGAAGACCAGCAGAGUCCUCGCCCGGCGGCCCCCGCAGCUCUCAGUCCCAUCUCUACAGACCGCAGACCUCCCACCUCAGACCUCCUUCCACCUCUGACAACCACUACCACCACUACCAACACCACCACAGCGUCAGCGAUUUCCAUGCCAACGCCAGCCCCACUGCCAGUCCAAACAGGGUGUCCUCUCCUGGAGCGAGGAGUGGGGGAGAGCUGGUGCCAGUGGUCCUGGCUCAGUCAGAAGGAGACGGAGGCCUCGGCUUCAGCAUGGCGGCCGGAGGUUCUGGAGGCAGGAUGACUGUUGUGAGAAGAGUGUGGGACAGGAAGCAGUGCAGCUCUCUGCAGCCAGGGGAUGCUAUUGUAAAAAUCAAUGGUGCUGAUGUUCAGAGUCUAAGCUUUUCACAGGUACAAACCGUUCUCCAAGAACACACCAAACUGGGAGAAGUCAUCUUACUGGUUCACAGAGGUAUCUAUCACUCGUCCGUCUCCCCCGGCUCUGGUCGGAGACUGCCACCGCCUCUUCUCCACCCACCUCCCCCACCCGACGACUCAGAAGAAUCCACCAGACUCCCCGAGACGCUGCCUGUGCCCCGCACCUCCAUGAGCACACCUCCAACCCCGACACGAUCCUCGCUGGUCCAGAGCACCAGCUUCUUGGAGUCUAUCCCAGUGACCCUGACGAUGGAGCCCAAAGACUGGAUCAACACGGGCCUGGAGGAUGAGGCGGAUGGUGUGAUGGUGCCUGAUUCAGGUCUGGGGAGGCAGACUGCCGAACAGACCCGGCCACUGCGAGGGUUUGAUGUGGAGCUCAGGAGAAAGCCGGGAGAGGGCUUUGGUUUUGUCAUUGCCUCUCAGGAUGUGGAGAAUGGCAAAGCUGCUUCUCUCCUCCCUCACCGGUUUGUGACGGUCCGUCGUGGCAGCCCAGCCGCUAAAAGUGGGCAGAUCCGGCCCGGAGAUCGACUAGAAGCCGUAGAGGGACGCUCGGUGGUCAAGCUGCCUCACCGGGAGCUCGCUCAGAUACUACGGCGAGCGGGAAACACCCUGAGGCUCACCAUCGUCCCCCGUCCAAGCACAUACUCUUCAAGCCUUUCAGAAACAGCAGAAAAUGACCUCGGUCACAGGAGCAGAAAGGGUCAGCGGUCACGUCCGAAGCGUGACUCCAGAUAUUACAGUGUGGACCUGGAUCGUGGUCCCUCAGGUUUCGGCUUUAGCCUCAGAGGAGGCAGUGAGUACAACAUGGGCCUCUAUGUCCUGGGGCUGAUGGAGGGAGGACCAGCCUCACGGAGCCAGAAAAUCCAGGUGAGCGAUCAGCUUGUGGAGAUCAACGGCGACAGUACAGCAGGGAUAACCCACAGCCAGGCUGUGGAGCAGAUCCGCAGAGGAGGCCACCGCAUCCACCUGGUGCUCAAGAGAGGCAACGGCUACGUGCCUGACUAUGGCCAUGAGCGCAGAAUCACUCCCCCCUCAGUCCUGCAUCACCCCAAGAAGCAGAGUUUGGCUGCAGUAGACUCCACUGGGCAGAGGGGGCGCAGCUCCAAGCAUAAGAGGAGAAGCAGGUCUGCAGAUGGACGCGAGAAAGAAAAGGGGACUGGAAGGAGGAGGAGAAGGCAACACUCGGAUGGAGGCGGGCGCUCAGGUUUGCAGAGCCCCGUCUCUGAGCUGGGAGAGACGUCCCCGGAGGCCAGGGACAGGAGGAGGAGGAGGAGGAGAACAAGAUCUCAGAGUUUACCCAGAGAUGUUGUCUGGAGUGAUGACGGGAGUGACACAGAAAAAGGAACAGUGAUCAGUGGAAGAAAAGUGGAAAGGGAGAGGAGGAGCAGAAGCAGAGACAGGAAAAGCAGGAGUAGAGAGAGAGAGAGGAGGAGCAGAAGCAGAGGCAGGAAAAGCAGGAGUAGAGAGAGGGAGAGGAGGAGCAGAAGCAGAGGCAGGAAAACCAGGAGUAGGGAGAGGAAGAGGGAGGCAGAGGUUGAGGAGGAGCCUAAGGAAGAAGAGAGGGUACCUUCUGUUCAGGAGAGGCUGGAAGAUAAAAAUGAGGAGGAACAGGAACAGCAGCAGCAGCAGGAGGAGGAACAUAAGGAACAGGAACAGCAGGUGCAGGAACAGGAGCAGCAGGAGAAGGAACAGCAUGAGCAGGAGCGGCAGGUGCAGAAGAUGAGAGCAAAAUUUGAGGGGAAAGAGAGUCAAGAAAAUAUUAAUUUACCCAUUCCAAGUCCUGACCAAAAGCUUCCUAGACCCAAAGAAAACUGGGAGGCAGCUAAAGAGGAAAAGUGGGACAUGGCAACAGAGUACAGGGAGCUGAGGAGGCAGAAGAACCAGCAGCAGGAGCAGGAGCAGGAGCAGGAGCAGCAGAGGUCAUGGGUUAAUAAUGGUGGUGAAAUUGAAGACACAGAGGGGAAUUAUGACAACAGAGAUGAUGAUGAUGAUAAUGAUGAUGAUGCUGAGAGUGGGAGUAUAGAAAGGCCUCUACCAGGCAUCGAUCUGACAGAUCCAGUGUCCCAGAGAGAGCUGUUCUCCUUCCUCACCUCCACGCUGUCUGUGGAGCAGCUGGGGGACGAUGAGUCAGAGUCUGGGGGCAGCCAGUCUGAUGGCAGCGUGUCUGCCGCCAGUAUCUCAGGCCUUUCUCUGGCUGCCACAGGCGCAGGCAGGCGAGGGGCCGUGGUGCUGCCGGGCCCUUGGCUCAAACCCAGCCAACAGCGGUCAGAACAGGUCACAGCGAGGAACAGGCGCCAUGUAGGACAGAAGAGGCAGGGACGAGGAAGAAGUGCUGUCUCUUCGAUUAUUUCCAAUGAAUGAACGGUCUGAUUGGAGUAGGGACAGAUGUGAUGUUCUGCUCAUCAGCGGUUGACUCCCCCCACUUUUACCAAAGCAAGUAGUGCAUGAGUUGUUGAAGUGUGUAUAGGAAUAGAGUCUGGCUCAUGUCAACAAACACAGACUCCAGAUGCAGAAGCAAAGACUGGAGCGUUGCUUUAGUUACCUCGUCAGUGUCACGUGUCCGUGAGUAAAAUACUGCAGUCUCCUCUGUCACUGUUUCAGGCUGGAGCUCAGGAUGCUAGUGUGCGUCUGUCAUGAGCUCAGCAGUGAGGCUGCACUUCAGCCACAGCCACACGUAUCGUUAUAGUAGAAAACUAUAACGUUUAGCUCCUUUAAGUUGUAAUGGAAAGUAGUGCCAGUUUGUGUCCAUCUCACACUGCUAGACCUUCACGAUCCACAUUUUCUCCCUCAGUCCCUUUGAUAUCGACGGUAUCGUGCGAUCGUGUGAAGUCAUAUACUUUGUGCCUUUUUGCAGCCAAACUCUUUUGGCUGAUGUUAAAUGUCACUCUCAUAUAUUUGAACUUGUAAGAUGACACCUGCACGUGGUGAAGUUCUGUGUUUUUCCACUUCUGUCUGUCUUCUGUGGGGACUGUUGCCCCACACUGUGUUGCACUCAUUACCUUCACGUUCACAGUCGUCGCCGUAGAUAUUUUUAGGAGUUUUUCCAGCCACAUUUAUUCACUUUUUGCUUCUCUGGCUAUAUCAGCACAGUGUCCUCCCCCACCCCUCCUCCCCACAAAGACUUUCACUUAUACCUCAUGAAGAUACUGAGCAAUAAUAAUGCAACAGUCCACGACUGUCACGUGUCAAUCGUGUCUGAGAGGAGACGGUGCGAUGUGGUUUUUUUUGUACAUUAUCCUCUUUGUCUUUUGUGGACCUUGCCUCAAAAUGUAACGCUGUUCUAUACUAAACGUGAAUAUAUGAUUGUUAUAAUGCAGAUCCCCUUUUGACCGCAGGUGUGAAAUCUAUAUUCUGUAAAUUUCUAGAGAAAUAAAUGACAGAACCUAUUGUAA